AAGCAGACUAUACAUGCACUUAAUCGUACAGUAUUGUAAUGGUCAUGUAGGACUAUUAGCUAGUGACCUAUGACACGCUUGAAUACAAUAGCCCUUCAAAUGCCAAACGCUCGCCCUCUCCUUCUCCACCCCUUCUCAUCUUGGCGUACACAACUGACCGCUACCCCCACCCUUCCCCCUUCUCUGUCUCUUUCAUUGUGUAAUUUUGCGUACCCGCUUUCCCUCGCUCUGCCUGAUUGGUCGGAUCGUAAAACGACGAGCGGACUGCCUCGUUAUGGUUGUAAAAUAUACACACUCGCCUCUCUCUCUCUCGCUUCUUACCUACUGUUGGCCUCCCCCUAUAAGACUGGUAGCCGGUCACCGAGUGUCCACAUUAAUACCGGUGUGUCACAACAGUCCAGCGUGUUCCCGCGACACUUACCUACCUACCCGUCUGGAUUAUCCACUUACGCGCGCUUUCUUAAGGAAAUACUUUUAACUUAACGUUGAUCCGUUCUACGGAUUUACUUUGUAAUUUCUUGGAUUAUUAAGUGCACUUUGUUCACUAGAAGAUACUUCAAGAUAUUUGUGCCAAACUCUGUUCAUUAAAAACAAAUUCAAUCUGGAUUAGAACUUCAUGAUAGAUGAUUAACUUUUAUAGUGCAUUCUGCUUUACGCUGGCUUCAGGAUCUAAUAGCAUUAAUUUGUGAUUGAUUGUGCUAUCUACAAACUUAGUUCGCGAUUCUGAAUCAUUUCUUCAAUUGGACUAUCUAACAUUAUCGCUAUACCUGUCAGUAUGACAUGUCAACAUCUAGUUUGUAGUUAAAAGUGAACGAGACUACUAAUGAAAAGUAAUUUCUUGGCAUUUUAGAUUAAGUUAGCAAAUUAGCUGCAAGCUAUUAUCAAGAAGCGUAUUAAAUGUACACUGGACUUAAUACGACAAUGUUGAAUCAAAGCUAAGGCAACUAAUUCAUACUAGAUUUAGGUAGACCAAAAUUAUCGAAAAUAAAUGAAUAAACGUUUACUACAUUAAAAACGUACAUUCUACAUUAGCGUGAUAGGGCAACAUUUGAUACCAGUACUUCAGGUCUACAAGUGUUUGCAUUCCUACCAAGGAAUUAGGAUAUCGCAAGAAAGCAGAUAACUUCACUAUGUACUCAUAACGUUCUAAUUCUGGUACAGCGCUGCGAAGAACUAGCAAUAUUGUCUACAUUCCGUGUUCUGUGAUUCGCCUAAAGUCAUAUUAACAUUUAGUAUCCAGUGAUAUACCCUACAAAAUGGAACAACAACAGCGACCAGUCAAUUACAUCCAGGCCUACAAUGAGCGUGAACCAGUCCGCAUUGCUUACUUGGCUGUACCAAGUGCACCUAAGAAAGUGAACAGGUUUCAGACCCUCAAGGUGAGAGCCCCGCCAAAACCCUUUGACUACCAGCCCAAGCCAAAGUCUGCCAGACAGCUAUUUCCAGAACCACCAGCAUCUAUAUCAGAAGCACGGCUCAACCCACAGGAACCUCUGGCGCCCAAGGUUGCAAGAAAGUUCAGACGUGCACCUCAGGAUCAUGACGCCCCUCCACCUGCCAAAAAACGGUUAUUUUAUUAGGGUCUAUGAUAAUUAACAUAGAGCAUAUUGCCUUUAGAUAGUUCUAAGGCUGUUAUCCUCUAUCCCGGUAGGUGAUGCUAGCAAGAACCUUUUUCCUAAAUUUUAUUUUACCCUCCCUUUUUUCGAGUUAAAGUUUCCUGAAAUAAUAUAUUGUUUCGUAGAAAUUCCCAAACAUGUUUUAACAUAUUUAAUACCAAAAGCACCACACUGUUAGUUUGAUAUUUUACACUUUAAUUUUCUUUGGACUGAAGUUCCCCUUUUUAAAAAAAAUGUAUUAAGUUUAAACUGGUAAUUGUUAAUAGUGCUUUCAUGCUAGCAUCAUCUACCAAAGGAUAUAUACCCAAGUAAACUAGACUGGGUUAUUUAUUUGUUUUAAACAUGUUGGUAACAACAUAGGGCAUGGGUAGCUCCUGAAUUCGCUGUGAUUAUUUUUACUGAAUACCAUUCCUUCACUUUUACCUUAUUACUUCACAUUUUUUUUUAUUAUUAUUUGUUGUACUUUCCCUUAAGUCCCU